GCUGCAGCCCAAGGUUGAGACGGUGCUGGAGUGCACUAUAAAUACUGUCCUUUGCUCCCGUCAUCUCAUCUCCCUCGUGUUAGAGUUACAAGUGCACAACAUACAGAGCAACUACUGUGACAGCCACCCGUCGGUACCGCCACCGAUCUUCCGCUCGCGGUACACGAGGCCAUCUGCACGGACACUAAGGAGCCCAGAGGAGACGACGGACUCAGGGAUGAAGCUUCAGCUCCCCAACCCAGGCCUGGAGGACAGGAUCCUGAGCCAUGAGCAACUUGAGAGGCUGGAGGUGGAGGAGGCCGGGGACAGGCCCAAAUGGGACAACAAAACCCAGUACAUGCUGACCUGCGUGGGCUUCUGUGUGGGGCUGGGCAACGUCUGGCGCUUCCCCUACCUCUGCCAGAGCCAUGGAGGAGGGGCCUUUAUGAUCCCUUUCCUGAUCCUGCUGGUCCUCGAGGGGGUCCCCCUACUGCACCUGGAAUUUGCCAUUGGCCAGCGGCUGAGGAAAGGCAGCUUGGGGUGCUGGAGGACAGUACACCCCUACUUGCUUGGAGUUGGCCUGGCAUCCAUGUGUGUGUCUCUCCUGAUCAGUCUGUACUAUAACACCAUCAUUGCCUGGAUCCUGUGGUAUUUCUUCAACUCGUUUCAGGAGCCUCUGCCAUGGAGCCAAUGUCCUGUUAAUGCAAACAAUACAGGCCUGGUGUCCGAGUGCGAGAGGAGCUCUCCUGUGGAUUACUUCUGGUAUCGGCAGACGCUCAACACCACUUCUGUCAUUGAUGACACGGGGGGCCUGCAGUGGUGGAUGGCGUUGUGUCUGGUGAGCGCCUGGGCUGUGCUCUACGUCUGCUGCAUCCGGGGCAUUGAAACCACAGGGAAGGCAGUGUACGUCACCUCAACACUCCCCUAUGUCGUACUCACCAUCUUUCUGAUCCGAGGGCUCACUCUAAAAGGUUCUGUGGAUGGAAUUAAGUUUCUCUUCACACCGGAUUUGAAUGAAUUAGCAAACCCCUCCACUUGGCUGGACGCAGGUGCUCAGGUGUUCUACUCUUUCUCUUUAGCCUUCGGGGGGCUCAUCUCCUUCUCCAGCUAUAAUUCAGUGCAUAACAACUGUGAGCAGGACGCAGUGAUCAUCUCCAUAAUCAACGCUUUCACAUCAAUCUACGCGGCUACUGUCAUUUAUUGCAUCAUCGGCUUCAGAGCAACAGAGAGAUUUGAUGACUGUUUAAGUGGGAACAUUCUUGCUCUAAUGAACGCCUUUGAUCUUCCUGAGGGGAAUGUCACCACGGACAACUAUGAUCAGGUUGUGACGAUGUUCAAUAGCACAAGUCCAGAUGUCAUCCAAACACUCCACCUUAAAACCUGUAAUCUGAACACUUUCCUGAGUGAGGGAGUCGAAGGGACGGGUUUGGCCUUCAUUGUGUUCACCGAGGCCAUCACAAAGAUGCCAUUGUCUCCUCUGUGGUCCGUCCUGUUCUUCAUCAUGCUCUUCUGCCUCGGCUUGUCCUCCAUGUUCGGCAACAUUGAGGGAGUGUUAGUUCCGCUUCAGGAUCUCAAUGUUUUUCCCAAGAAAUGGCCCAAAGAGGCUAUCACAGGCCUAACCUGUCUCGUCUGCUGCCUGGUGGGCCUCAUAUUUGUCCAAGGGUCAGGAAAUUACUGGCUUGCCCUCUUUGACAGCUUUGCGGGGUCCAUUCCUUUGCUCAUAAUUGCCUUCUGUGAGAUGGUCGGCGUGGUGUACAUAUACGGCAUUGACAGGUUCAAUGACGACCUGGUGUUCAUGAUCGGCCACAAGCCCAACAUCUUCUGGCAAGUCACGUGGCGAUUCAUCAGCCCCCUCAUCAUGCUGCUGAUCUUCGUCUUCUACUUUGUCACCACCGUCACCAAGGAGCUCUCCUACAUCGCCUGGGAUCCAGACUCUGAUAACUUCCCCACUCUGGAGGAGAAGCCAUACCCAGGGUGGAUCUAUGCCAUCAUAUUCAUCUUGGCUGGCAUCCCUAGUCUUUGUGUGCCAGGCGCUGCUAUUUAUAAGAUGAUACAAAACCACUGUUGCAAGAAGGAAAAUGAAGACAAAACACAAAUGGUCAACAGCGUUUCUUUCCAGAUGCAGGAUGACGUGUCAAAGGCAAACUCAUGAAAGACUUAGUGAAUACCUCCAGAAAUAUUGUCAUUUCAAUUUAUAUUUACAAGUCUGAUCUCUAUGUUCACAGAGAAAUGUAUUAGCAUUGGAGCACUUUGCUAUAUUUUUUAUUUUAUCCCUAUGCAGUUUCUUUUGAUAUCAGAAUGUUUGUACUGUUAAUGUAUGGAUGUAUCAUAUCUGAUAUAAUUGAUCACUCAUAAAAUGACAAAAUGACAGAUCCAAAAAGAUUUGUUUUGGAUGGUACAGCCACCAUUUUCCUUUUACAUUUUUCCUUUCAUCUAUAUGUAACCUAUACCAGACUGAAGCUUGGCUAAGAAUCAGAAUUAGCUAGGACAAGGGUGUCGUGGACCCGGUAUUCCCCACUAUGGGUUAUUCAAUUAAAUGAAUGAGGAAAGGAGGCGGCGUAUGAAAAUAA